AUGCCUCAUGAUCAGAGAAAAAAGUCAUCUGUAGAUGUAGACUUCUUUACAGAAUAUGGCGAAGGGAGUAGAUACAGAAUAGAGGAAGUAAUUGGUAAAGGAAGCUAUGGUGUUGUUUGCUCCGCAUACGAUACACACACAGGAGAGAAGGUUGCAAUAAAGAAAAUCAAUGACAUAUUUGAACACGUUUCUGAUGCCACCCGUAUUCUUCGUGAGAUCAAGCUUCUUAGACUCUUACGCCAUCCGGAUAUUGUGGAGAUCAAGCAUAUUUUAUUACCUCCUUCUAGAAGGGAAUUCAAAGAUAUAUAUGUUGUUUUUGAACUUAUGGAAUCUGAUUUACACCAGGUCAUCAAAGCAAAUGAUGAUUUGACUGCAGAGCAUUACCAGUUUUUUCUCUAUCAGCUUCUUCGAGGCUUGAAGUAUAUACACACAGCAAAUGUUUUCCACCGAGAUCUGAAACCAAAAAAUAUUUUAGCAAAUGCUGACUGCAAACUGAAGAUUUGUGACUUUGGUCUUGCCAGAGUGGCUUUCAAUGAUACACCAACUGCUAUAUUUUGGACAGAUUAUGUUGCUACAAGGUGGUAUAGAGCUCCUGAAUUGUGUGGAUCCUUUUUCUCCAAGUAUACCCCAGCAAUAGACAUAUGGAGCAUUGGCUGCAUUUUUGCUGAACUUUUAACUGGGAAACCUCUUUUCCCAGGGAAGAAUGUUGUCCAUCAAUUGGACCUCAUGACUGAUUUUCUUGGAACACCAUCUCAUGAAGCCAUUGCUAGGGUACGGAAUGAGAAAGCUCGGAGAUACUUGAGUAGCAUGCGCAAGAAGAAGCCAGUUCCUUUCUCCCAAAAGUUUCCUAAUGUAGAUCCGCUUGCUCUUCGUGUGUUAGAAAGAAUGCUGGCAUUUGAACCUAAGGAUCGACCUACUGCUGAAGAGGCUCUAGCAGAUCCAUAUUUUAAAGGCUUGGCCAAGGUUGAGAGAGAGCCUUCUGCUCAGCCAAUUACCAAGAUGGAAUUUGAAUUCGAGAGACGUAGGAUAGCAAAGGAAGAUGUGCGAGAGCUUAUAUACCGAGAGAUUCUGGAGUACCAUCCAAAGAUGUUAAAAGAACAUCUAGACGGAGAAGAGCCAAUAGGAUUCAUGUAUCCAAGUGCUGUCGAUCACUUCAAAAAGCAAUUUGCAUAUCUUGAGGAGCAUUAUGGAAAAGAUGGAACUGUUACUCCACCUGAGAGGCAACAUGCAUCAUUACCCAGGCCAUGUGUCUUGUAUUCAGAUAACACAAGGCAAAAUAUGGCAGUGGUUGCAGAUGAUCUCUCCAAGUGUAGCAUCAAAGAAGUUGAGAAGCCAGCCAUAGACAAGACUGGUGGUAUCCCAAUGACCAGACUUCCUUUACAAGCUCCUCAAAAUAUUCAAGGCAUAGCUGCACGGCCCGGAAAAGUUAUAGGUUCAGUAUCGCGAUACAACAACUAUGGAGUAGCAGUGACUGCAGAGACUGACCAGCGGAGGACGGGUAGAAAUCCAUCUGUUUCAACCAAGUAUGCUGCUCAAAGCUGUUCAUAUACAAGAAGGAACCCAAACUGUAAAAAUGAGAGGGCAGCAGAGGGAAUUGAAGGUGCCAAUGUACUUCACACAAAGCCUCAAUAUGUGGCACGCAAAGUUGCUGCUGCUCAAGGGGGACCUGGUGGUAGUUGGUAUUGA